AUGAGUCGCCAUUUUCCCCGACAACGUAUUCCUUCAGGAAUUAUUUUUUCGGCACCUCUGGACCUGGCAUCAGCACCGCGAGACAUCCAGCCAAGUAUACAUGAUCCAAUACUGGAUCAACCACCUAAGACGAGCCAACGUGCCCCUCACGUCAAACGCCACAUUGUACAUGACAGACAUGAAAACGGCCAUGUUGAUAGGUCGGGAAAGGCCUUCGGUGAUGGCAUCCACACAUUUUCAGCCUUUUUUAAUACUUUCGAUGAACCUCAUGUGCCGAGGAAGGACUUGGAAGACAGCGCAUUAGUGGGAGCAGACCAUCACGAGGCAAUGACUACAUUGUGUCUGCCGAUGCUGAGCGUCGACAUUGAGGUAACGGUGGACGGUACCCUGGCAUGCAGCGAGUUGACCCAGACCUUCCGCAAUCCGUCCGACACGACGAUCCGCGAAGCCAAGCAUACUUUUCCACUCUACGAGGGCGCAACCGUGACAGCAUUCGAGUGUACGAUCGGCGACGAGCAAUGCUUACGAGGGGUAGUCAAGCCCAAGGAGAAGGCAAGACAGGUCUACCACGAGGCGGUACAGAACAAGCGAGAGACAGCAGCAUUGCUGGAGGAGCAGAGCUCGGAGAUCUUUGUGACGUCGCUGGGAAACAUUCCGCCUUUGACGGACGUCAAGAUCAAGCUGACUUACGUGCAUGAAUUGAAGGUUGUCUUGAUGACCGAGCGCAAAUCAGAGGGCAUCGCGAUCAUUAUUCCCACCUCCAUAGCACCUCGAUACGGAGUGUCGUUCCCGUCGCAGCCGCUGAGAAUGACCGAGCUCCAAUUAAUGAUCAGAGUUGUUACCGGUGGCAUGACUGGCAGUGAAGGCUGGAGUGCGGAAUCACAUCAUAAAAUCGAGUAUCGAGGGAGAGAACCCAUGAAACGUUCGCCAUCGGCAUCCCAGCAACAGGACGUGUGGAAAUAUCAUAGUCGCGAGGCAGGCUUAGAGGGCGAUCUGGUCCUUGUGCUCCCAGUGCGAACGGGAUAUCGGGUCCAGUCCCGAGCCCUAAUCUCGCCCCCGGACUCCAACGGCUACGCAGCAAUGCAAGUCAGCCUUCGCCCGUCCGACCUCUUUGGCACCGCUGUUCGACCGAGGAGCUUCACAGGCGAGAUCAUAUUCGUUCUUGACUAUUCCGCGUCAAUGCACUGGGCACCCCGGUGCCAGAGCUCUCAGUCACACCCCGGCUCCAAACUCCAGACAAUGCGCGCAGCCAUGUCCUUAGCUUUGUCGGGUAUCCCCGAAACCUGCUCCUUCAACGUCAUUAAGUUUGGGACCACAACUGUGGGGCUGUGGGAGGAGUCCAGGCCUCACUCAGCAGAGGCAAUCGAGUUGGCUCGAGCUUAUACCAGUUCCUACCCCGACCUUGGUGGCACAGAUUUAGUGCGAGCACUUAAGGCGGCAAUAAAGCGUUUGAAUCGUCAAAGGUCGUCUGCUCAAAUCAUCAUCAUCACAGACGGGGAGUUGGAUCCCGUCCCGGUCGCAGAAUACCUCUUGUUUAUCCGGAAGAGGCUUGAGGAAAAGGUUCGCUUCUUCGCGCUAGGCAUCGGGGAUCAAGUGUCUCACCGGUUGAUCGAAUGUGUGGCUGAGCUGGGUGGCGGCUUCGGCGAUGUAGUGGAUGUUGUCGCGCAACCAAGGUGGGAGAACCGUUUGAAUCAUCUUGUCCGUGCAGCUUUAGAGCCCGACAGUUGGAAUUGCGAGAUUGACCUAGGGCUUUCAUUUGAGCGGCAGAGUCUCGCUUGCAUUCAACUCGGGAAAACGAAUCCAUCGUCAAUGGAACCCAGAUCCUCAACACCAUAUAUACAAGCGCCUUUCCCCACUCCAGCUUUGCAUCCGUUCUAUUAUCAGUCCAUCUUCUUCCUCAUAGACUCGAAAAAUGAUCCGCUGCCUCAGGCGAUUACCUUGACGUCUGCCAACCUCGCCGUGAAACCCCGAUCGUGCACAUUGCCCGUGCAGAUGACGGGCAGCAGUGGGUGUUUUGUUCAUCAACUUGCCGCAAAGGCCUGCUUGUCAAGUCUUGAGGCAUUGACCAGACAUCACUCCGGGGAUAUCGAGUUAGCGCGAGCAAAUGCAGAGCACUUGGGUCAGAUCUAUUCAGUUACCAGCAAAUGGACAAGCUUCAUCACCAUUCCCGACCGCAAUAAAGAUCAUGAGUCUGAGACC